AUGGCACAAAUCGGGAUGGUAUCGACGGGGACACACCCAAACCACCCAACCCCUGCUGAGCUGGAGAAGGGAGACAAUGUGCUUUUUGAGGAGGCCAAUGGAAGCGACCGAUCUACAGACGGCGAGUUUACCUGGACAGCUGAGGAAGAGAAGAAGGUUCGACGUAAACUGGACCGCGUGAUUGUGCCACUUACGACCUUUCUUUACCUGCUCUGUUUCCUCGAUCGUGUUAAUGUUGGAAACGCGCGUAUCCAGGGUAUGGGAGAGGAAUUGGGUCUCAACACAGGUGUCCGUUUCAACUGGGUUACCUCGAUCUUCUACAUUGUCUACAUGUUCGUCGAAGUACCGAGCAACAUCCUUCUCAAGAGACUUGGCCCGAAAUACUACUUGCCACUUCUCGUCUGUGGCUUUGGUUUCGUCUCACUAUGCAGCGCCUUUGUGAGCAGCUUCGCAGGGCUGUUGGUUGCAAGGGCCUUCUUAGGUGUGUUUGAAGGUGGUGUGAUGCCGGGAUUGGCAUUCUUCAUCACAUGUUUCUACAAGCGCAACGAACUUUUGUUCCGCAUUGGUAUCUACGUAUCCGCGGCCUCAAUGGCUGGAGCUUUUGGUGGACUGCUCGCUACUGCCCCAGAAGAAUGCUGGUUCUUGAACGAGCGCGAACGAAUGAUUGCCACACAGAGACUGGUGCUGAAAGGAGGAGCUGAUGAGAACGAAAAGACUGAAGUACACCACGUCAAGCGGGCCGUGAUGAACAUCACAAACUACUUCUGUGCCUUUGGUUUCUUCUUCAUCAACAUCACUGUACAGGGUAUCUCACUGUUCAUGCCCACUAUCCUCAGGGAUCUCGGAUGGACGGCCACCAAGGCACAACUCUACUCAGUACCACCCUAUGUAUGUGCUUGCUUGAUCGCUAUCGCAAUAGCUUUCGCAUCAGACAAGACGAACCGCCGUGGUGUCUACCUCGCUGUCUUUACGCUCCCCGCUAUUGCGGGCUUCUCGAUCAUGCGAUGGGCGACCGACCCUAACGUCCGAUACGGCGGUAUCUUCUUGAUCACCAUUGGUGCAUUUCCCGGAGGUCCUGGUUUCCUUGCGUGGGCGGCGAACAAUGCGGCCGGCCCUGCUAUCCGCUCCGUCUCGACUGCUUACGUUGUCACACUGGGUACCGCUGGAGGUAUCCUCGCGACUUGGACCUACACAAGUGCUGACGCGCCACGAUACCCAAUCGGCCACACCAUCAACUUGGUUGGUCAGUGUUGCGUCUGUAUUCUCGCCAUAUUCGGUAUCUGCUACUGCAAGUGGGAGAACAAGCAGCGUGAUAUGGGCAAGCGAGACCACCGCUUGGUCGGCAAGACCGCUGCUCAGAUCAAGGAUCUCGGAUACAGACACCCUGAGUUCCGCUACAUGCACUAG